GAAAAUGAGAUGAAAAGAUUCUCCUCUUUUUUCGGUCUGCAUAAAAAAGAGCUUAAAUAGCACGCUGGGUAGGGUUGGACUGGGGCAGAGACAUGGCAGCAGCAGUGACCAAGGAACGGGUUGAAUCAACUCUCAAGCUUCAGCUCGACCCUUCUCAUCUCGAUGUUGUCGACACUUCUGGAGGAUGCGGUGCAAGCUUUGCAAUAGAGAUCGUGUCCGAGAAAUUUGAAGGGAAACGGUUGCUUGACAGGCAUCGCAUGGUGAAUACUGCAUUAGCUGAAGAGAUGAAGCAGAUUCACGCCCUCUCAAUAACAAAAGCCCUGACACCUGAGCAGUGGAAACAACAAGAGGCUCAAAAAUCUGAUGCCAAAUCUACUUGAAAUGUAAACCUGCAUAUCUUAAGGUCUGAUAUUCAUAAACUUGAUCCCUCUAGCUUAUCUUCUUCCAUGGCUCUGUAAUGCAUGUAAUAAUGCUCUUAAACCUUGCCAACACUGUCUAGCAAUCAAUUACCAACAUGAGAACAAUUCCCUGAUCCUGAAUAAUGCUAGUCUUUUUUAUUUA